CGACAACCUUUGCGGUCUUCAAUCAAAGUACAGACGAGGGAGUUGAGAUAUUCCUAUCUGUCUGCUGCAGCUCAAAAUGAUUCGGCAAGAUAUCCACAGAAUUGAUCCCAAAAAGAGGGCUGUCCUCGAUCACCGGAAGAAGCAGUUUGCUACACCGACAUACAAGCAACAAGAUUAUCCUUACCGUCUGAACUUCUAUGAGAUCCCUCCAACUGCAGAGAUAACACUUGAACAGUUUGAACAAUGGGCGAUUGACAGAUUGAAAAUCCUUGCUGAGAUCGAAUCGUGCUCCUACCGAAACAAGUCGGCUGCUGAGACAGCUGCGCAUAUUACACCUCUUCUUCAGAAAUUCCUUCCUCUUUCCGCGAAUACUUCCUCACCAUCUGGCGCCGCCGAUCAGCGUCUGAGAAAUGAACGGCAGAAAGAUCACUAUUCACAUUUCAUUCUUCGCUUGGCCUUCUCGGCUACCGAAGAUCUCCGACGACGGUUUGUGCGAGCGGAAACUAUGCUAUUCAGGUUUCGAUUCCAGCAGGAUGACUCUAGAGAAAGACGCGCCUUCAUCGAGAGUCUAAAUCUCAAUUGGGAGCCAGUCAGCGACCAGGAGAGGCACGAAUUGUCCGAAAAAUUACACAAUGGGACACCCGGUUUACGCCGUGUUGAUGAGGAGACUUGGUAUAAGGUUGACUGGGAAAAUGUUCCUGAGUUGGUCGAGCGGCGGGCGGUAUUCUUAGCAAAAGGGAAAGCCUAUGUGCCGGGAAGGGAACAACUAAGCAUUGUAAUAGCCGAGUUUACGGCUCGCCUAGAGCGUGCGCUUGAGCUAACGAGCCGAGCCCUACCCCGUCUGGAUGAGGAUGACCGUUUGAGUCCGAUCCUGGAUCAUCUAUCGAAGAACUUCGAAAACGCGGAUUCGGUCUAUACUGAUGGGGAAGGCUUCGUUGAUGGCGCCCCAAUCAAUGCCGCAUCGAUUGAUCACCUUUCGCAAUACUUCCCGGCUUGCAUGCGGAGUUUACAUAUGACACUGCGCAAGAGUCACCAUUUAAAGCACUUUGGUCGUCUUCAGUACACACUCUUCCUGAAAGGUAUUGGGUUGUCACUGGAAGACUGUAUAACCUUCUGGCGACAGUCAUUCAGGGGAUUUUCGGAUGACGAAUUCAAUUCCAGGUACAAGUAUAAUAUACGCCACGCGUAUGGUGACGUUGGGGGGGAUGCCAACCGCAGGAAUCGAGGUGCGGCUCCUUUCAGCUGUAAUAGGAUUUUGAAAGAAACCGGGCCUAGUGUUGGCCAGACUCAUGGUUGUCCAUAUCGUCAUUUCUCUAUCGACAACCUUACCGGACUACUUCAGUCUAUGGGCGUCAACGAUAGAGAUGUUCUCCGCGGAGUACGAGAAGACGUUGAAAAGACUCGGUACCAUUCAGCCUGCAAUAGAGUUUUCGAUUGGACAUACAGGACAGAGAUUAAGAAGGCCAAAGAAGACGGUAUCUGGACUCAGUCGGACCUCCAGAUGAUUGCUCAUCCAAACGAGUACUUCAAGCGGGCGUAUCUUCUGAAGCAAGGUGGAAACCCUCAGAAGAACGAAUGAGGUUGAAAGUGGUCCAUAUCGUUCACGAUGUUUUAUGCUCUGUUUCUUCUCCUUCGUCCUUCCUUUGACCCCUUUCAUGCUGGCGUUUUGCUUUCGAGUUUUGGGAUAGUAACGACUUCGGACUUGGGACUGUCGAGUUACGCCGUUACGGUGAUCAUUCCAUAGUCAAUUUAAAUUCAUAAUCAUAUGUCAAUCUAAAAGAGUCGAUGCACAAUUUUAUAUAUCACAAGCCUAUAUUCAGAGAGGAAGUGUAACCACUGCUGAUUCCCAGAAAAUCCGAAAGGAUCGGAACGACCUUUCAAAACCAGGUGCCCAGCGACGGGUCAAAUUGUUCUACGCUCGACACGAAAACAGCUUCAUCAUUAGUGAUGGACAGAGGCUGUCGACAGAAUUGCAGUUCUUGAGUCGGC